AUGGCUCCCUGCAAACCUCGUACCUUCACAGCCGGUCAGGAUCCACUGACCAAAUUUGAUGGAGCUAUUUCUGUCCGUAAUCUGCCCAGGCCCCCGGACCGCUUGUUCGAGUUUCAGGGUAUCAUGAGGCCAAGUCGCGGUAUCUAUGCCAAGCUGAUCGCGACCGGCCAAAAACCCCCCACACAUUUCCAUCCCUCCCAGUGGGAAUUUUUCCGUGUCCUCCGUGGGAACCUUACAAUUGAUUUCAAUGGCUGUCCCCUUCACCGGACCCCUAGUGAUGGCGAACUGGCGGUGCCUCCAUAUACCCAUCAUGUCAUUUAUGGAACCCCGGGGAAGGAGAUGAACGAGGUAGAAUUCAUCGUGAGUGCCAGUGAUCCCACUGCAGAAGACGAGGGUGCCACUUUGAUGGAUCAGCCAUUUUUCGAGAAUUGGUAUGGGUACCAAGAGGAUGUUUUUCAACGAGGGGAGAAAUUAGAUUUCGUGCAGGUUCUUUCAAUGUUUGAUGCCGGAGGCACUUAUCUGUCUCCGCCGUGGUGGGUGCCCUUCCGAUCCUGGAUCGGGCUGUUUCUCGGCAUCGUGGUGGGCCGGUGGAUCGGCGGGCUACUGGGCUAUGCACCCUUUUAUCCUCAGUGGACGACCGACUGGCAGGCAGCUUGCGAGACUAUGCAGAAGAGCUGGUUCCACCGUCAAUUUGCGGAUCCAGAGGUACAGCAACGAGCGCGAGAAAGGUUUCGCGAGCAGUUAGAGCAGGAGGCAUCGGCCAAGGGGGAGAAGUCGCAGUAG